AUGCGAGCUGCACUGAUGUGGACUAUCAGUGAUUUCCCUGGCUUGGGCAAUUUAUCUGGCUGGAAUACUUAUGGCGGGAGAGCUUGCGCCACGUGCAAUUUGGAUGCCGAGACUAGGCGACUCACCUUCAGUCAGAAAUGGUGUUAUAUGGGUCAUCGUCGCUUUUUGAAUCGCGAUCACAGAUAUAGACAGGAUCGGAGUAGAUUUGAUGGCAAGGUAGAGGAUAGAUCCCCACCUACCAAAUUGACUGGUAGGGAUGUCCUGAGACAAUUGGAGGGUGUUCCCAUCUCACAAGGCAAGGUGCAAGCGAUGGGCGGUAAAAGAAGGCGCGGACAGCAGACCGUGGUCCAAGACGAGUCUCCUUGGAAAAAGAGGAGUGUAUUCUUUGAUCUGCCGUACUGGGAGAACAACGAAUUACGUCACAAUCUUGACGUGAUGCACAUAGAGAAGAAUGUAUGCGACAACAUUAUUUUCACCAUGUUGAACGAAAGCGGUAAGUCCAAAGACCACCUAAAAGCUCGAAAAGAUCUCCAAUUGAUGGGCAUCCGGCAGGAUAUGUGGCCAAUUGAAGGUGGAAAGUAUCCUGCUGCAGUCUUUACCAUGCGGAAUCCAGAGAAGGAUGUCUUUCUUAGGACAAUCAAGAAUGUGGUCUUUCCAGACGGGUACUCUAGCAACAUCUCUCGCUGUGUUGAUUUAAAACAGCGCAAGUUAUUCGGCUUGAAGAGUCAUGACUGCCAUAUCCUAAUGGAACAUCUACUUCCAAUUGCGUCAAAAUACGUGUUGCCCACCCCAGUGUCUGCCGUCGUGGCUAAGUUAUCAGCCUUUUUCCGACUAAUAUGCAGUAAAUCCAUUGAUCCUCAACAACUUCCUCUCCUUCAGGAUCGUGUGGUCCAUACUUUGUGCCACAUGGAGAUGAUAUUUCCACCUUCCUUCUUCACAGUUAUGGUUCAUCUAACGGUGCAUUUGGUCGAGGAGGUCCGUAUUGGUGGCCCAGUGCAUUACCGAUGGAUGUACCCAAUUGAGAGGUACCUAGGUCGUCUCAAGCAGUACGUGCGUAACAUGGCACAACCAGAAGGAUCGAUUGCAGAGGGCUACUUAUCCGAGGAGAUUCUCACGUUCUGUUCAAGAUACUUAGAUAAUGUCGAGACUAGGAUCAACCGACCGACGCGCGUUGACGACCGACCGAGCGAUGCUCCAGAGAGCGAGAUUGCCGACAUGUUCCCAGAGGUUGGAAAGUCGGUCGGGGCAGCUUCAUAUUUUACUCUAACAGCAACCGAACAGCUUCAAGCACAUCGUCAUGUACUGGUGAAUUGCAGUGCUGUAGAGAAAUUCUUGGAUGAGUACAGAGCCUUCACAAAGAGAAAACUGCGAGGUAAAACAAGGUCGCAGUCUCACAUAGAUACUGUUGUGCACAGAGAAUUUUCGAACUGGUUCAGGCAUAAGGUCCAAUAUGGAAGCACGGAUCAUUCGAACGAGUUACAGUGGCUCGCCUGCGGUCCCCGUGCUCAGGCCAGUCGCUAUCAGGCUUACAACGUCAAUGGAUUUAAAUUCAGGACCAUGUCGAGGGAGGAAGGGAUGAAAACACAGAAUAGUGGGGUCUAUGUCACUUCGGAUACUAGAAGUUAUGCAAGUAAACGGGAUGCCAAUGUUGCUGUUGGCGGUGUCUCGUAUUACGGGAGAUUAGUAGACAUCAUCGAGCUAAAUUACAGCGGUCAAUUCACUGUAGUAUUGUUCAAGUGCCUUUGGGCGGACACUACGUCGGGCAGAGGCAUCCGGCAAGAUGUUUUGGGCCACACCUGUGUCAAUUUUGCCAAUCCUAUCCACACCGGUGAUCGAGAAGACGAUGAGCCGUAUAUCUUGGCAUCUGAGGCGCGUCUUGUGUUCUACGUGGAGGAUGAGGUGGAGAACGGAUGGAGUGUAGUGGUCCAUGUGAAGCCAAGAGAUUUGUUUGACAUGGGCGAAGAUUAUGAACAUUGUGAGGUCGACCUUCAUCCACAGUCCUGUAUGAGUAGCCUCCCUGAAUUUGAUGUCGAAGGCCUGCGGUUGACGAGAGACGGCGAUUUAGAAGAGUCCACCAUCGAAAGGGUUGAAGAUUGUGAAGAGGCCGCCGAAUCCUAA